GAAUUUAACAUGUUACCACAGGAAUUUAACAUGUCACCUCAGAACAUUAUGGACAUUUCAUUAAAUAAUGAAAUUCCUAGACCUAACGAUGCAUUCAACACAUUUGGAAUUAUUACUCAAAAUCCUAAUAUUAGCAUGAACGAGUUUACAUUUUCGAAUUUUGCUGACAUGACAAAUUAUAAUUAA